AUGGGAACCCUCGAGGGACACUUGCUGCCAGCCGUCUUCCUCCUGCUGUAUGCACUCUACUACUCAGUGCUACUGUCCCUGGCCCUGCUGUGGGGACGGAAGGUGGUCAAGCCGCCUCUGCCCCCGAGGGAGAAGCGAGGAGGACACAGCCCAUGGCAGUGGGUACCCCUGGAAGGAAUAGUGAAAGUGGUUUUCUCUCUCACCCUCAUCUUGAGUGAGCUCUUCUACCCUCCAGGGGUAAACCGGACCAGGCUGGUGGACUGGGAGGCCCCUGAGCGGCCGUUUUUGUUCAGGAAGAACUGGCAGCAUACCACCAUGUACUCCUUCUUCAUGCUCAGUGGGGUGGUGGACAUUGUGAGCCAGAGCUGUCUGGCCCGGCAGAACGUGAAGCUGGAGCGGGCGGCAGAGGCCCGGGCCUUCUAUGUGGUGGUGCUGCUGAUGGCUACCCACAUCGAGAACAGGGGCGCUCUGGAGGUCCGAGUGCACGUCCUGCUCCUGGUGCCCACCUUCCUGGUAGCCCUGGUACUCAACAUCGAGGUCUGGGUCCCUGACCAGCCCCCACUCUGGGUGCUCAAGACCUGGAUGCUGCUGGUGCUCAGCAGCUGGCUGCUACAGCUGUGUGUGGUGCUGUACACUCCUCCCUCCGGACAGCCCUGGCGGGCAGAAAAACCCGAGGACAUGGCCUUCCUCAUCACCUUCUUCUCCUGGCACCUGGGCCUGAUGGCCAUCCUGCUGGCCGCUGUCUAUGGGCUCUGCAGCCUCUGGCUUCGACACUGCUCUUCCAGCAUGGGAUCCCCAGGGGGCAAGUAUGGCAUGUGCCCCACCGAAUCCAGCAGGGAAGAGCUCCAGAGGCUCUGGGCAGAGAACGAGCUGCAGCAUGCAGGUGUCUAG